AUGUCUCAGGGGAGUGAGGCCGCGAGGAGCAAGAGGAAGACUGCGGAUGGAAGUACAGACCGACUCAGUGGGCUCCCAGAAGGUCUGCUGCUGGACCUUCUGUCCUUCCUUCCAUCGAGGGACGCAGUGCGGACGUGUGUGCUUGCCCGCCGCUGGCGCAACCUGUGGAAGGAGGUGCCUGCUCUCCGCAUCACCCCUGCCACCACGUCGGGGUACUGUGGCGCAAGUGCCCUGAACAGGUUCGUCAACGACCUGCUGUUCUUCCGCAACCGGUUACCUCUCCAUGUGGCCGAAUUCAGCUCCUAUGGAGGUGACAAUUUUGAUGAGGCUGUCCAGUAUUUGGAGCUUUGGAUUCGCUACAGUUUAUCAUGCCCAGUUGCCAAACUCUCUGUCACCAGCCACGAUAAAUAUCAACGCUGGCUGCUUCCCAAGGGACUUAUCACCUCGGAGCACCUGACAGCACUUAAGCUUACCCGGGUCAAGACACAGGACGAUCUGGAUUUCUCAAGUUGUGUCUCUAAAGCAUCUGAAGAUGACUGA